AUGAAGUUCGGCAGAAAUCUCCCCCGCAACCAAGUCCCCGAGUGGGCGGCCUUCUACAUCAACUACAAGGGCCUGAAGAAGUUGAUCAAGGCCGCGGCGCAAUCGGCCAAGAACGGAGAGACGGUGGAUCUUGCAGAAUUCUUCUUUGCCCUGGAUCGUAAUCUCGAAGACGUCGACUCUUUCUACAACCGCAAGCUUGGCGAGGCCGUCCGCCGUCUCAGUCUGUUGCGCGACCGCUAUGGCCGCGUUCCCGACGUCGUCUCCAAUCUCGAUGAAGAUGAGACCGAGGAGCUCAUGGGCGCUCUCUACGAGAUGCGCAUCAUGCUGAGAAACCUCAAUUGGUUCGCCGAGAUCAACCGCAGAGGCUUCGUCAAAAUCACAAAGAAGCUCGACAAGAAGCUCCCCGAGACGGCUUCUCAGCAUCGCUACAUCUCUACAAAGGUCGAUCCCUUGCCAUUCGCUAAGGACACGACGAGCACGCGCCUCCUCACUGAGAUUAACAAAUGGAUUUCCGCCCUGGGUGACGCCCGCAACGUCGACGACUCCAAGUCGGACAGGUCAGUGCGGUCGCUGGGCCGCGUAUCCUCCAAGGCCAUGUUGACUUUGUCGCAAAACCUACUCGACACCCUGGAGCAGGCCAUCCGCAACGACAAUGUCGAGUCGCUUAAGACCGGACUGGAAGAGGGCAACGUGACGGGCGAGCAAUCGUCUCAAAGCUUGCUUCUCAACCUCCUGCAGCGUUCCAUUGCUGCGAGAUCCAAGGCGAGCAUCGCCUAUCUUAUCGAUCAGCUGCCGUCCAUUUACGAGCCCGAUGACAUCAACCACCGCAACUGCAUUCACCGGCUCGUCAUUCACAUUGGCAGAACCAAGUCGUCUGAUCCCGAUAAUGAGCCGAAAUCGUACCCUUUCCCGAUCGGCACUCAGUUCACUUCUCACGACCUCCAGCCAGCAGUCUCGCAGGCUGUGGUUCCCCGUGCACUCAAUCAGAACGAGACGAAGCUACUUGGUAAAGAUGACGAGGCUGUUCAGAUUCUCAUGUACCUACUUGACACCCUCAAGCCCGAGCACAGAGAUGCGCUCAGCGGCAGAGACUCCUUUGGACGUUUGCCGCUCCACUAUGCUGCCCGAUUUGGCUUCGUUGUCGUGUGCCAAAUCAUCAUGGCCAAGAUGCAGGAAUGGGGUCAAUUCAACGUCGAGAAUGGCAUCGACGCCCCCGAGUGGCAGGAUAACGAAGGAUAUGCUCCUUUGCACCUGAGUGUCGUGGGUGGACAUCCAUUGACCACCAAAGCCCUUCUCCAGGGAGAAAAUUGGCAGGGUGUGAGUCUCAGGAAGGCCGAGAUGAGACGAACGGUAUCCAAAUCCGGCGCGGUUCUCGCUAUGGCCACCAAGUCCAACUACAAGGUCAUUGUCGAGAUGCUCGUUGAAGCUGGUGUCGACAUCAACUGGCAGGACAAGACGGGUGAAACCGCUCUGCACCUAGCCUCCCGGUUCGGUCACGAUGAGAUUGCAAAGUCGCUGAUUGCCGGCACCGACGAGCAGAAAGCCGACCUCGAGAUCGCAGAGAACACCUACGCCUGGACGCCGCUGCAUGUCGCCGCCGUCGACGGUCACUUGUCGAUGGUACAGCUGCUGGUCGACUCUGGCGCGGUUGUUGCCAAGGCCGACUCGUCUGGUUGGACCGCCAAGGAACACGCCGCCCUGCGUGGCCAUCUCGACAUUGCCAGGCUUCUCGCGACUCAAGCCGAGUCCGAAAUUGUGCAGCCUACGAACAAUCUCAAGAUUUCCAAUGAGAGCUCUCCUCGGUCUUCGUCACCCGAGAACAUGUCUUCAAUCGAUGGCCGCAAGUCAAAUGGUGCAAUUCGUCCCGUUGAGCCGGUCAAGACUUUUGGUCAUCGCUACCUCACCGAUCAGAGCAUGGUUCUCGUCAGCCUCGGGUCCAUGGAUAUGCGCAAGAACAUCGAGGCAGUCAAGCUCGACCGUGUUCCCUUGACCGAAGCCCACUUGACCGAACUCGACACAGCCUUGUCCAUUGUCGUGUCAGCCAGUGGUGCCAAGGGAGAGCCCACCAUUGUUGACUUGCCUGUUCACGAGACCAUCUCUACGGAGCCUAUUGUGUUCACUUCGGCUGACCCUUCCCAGGUCAAGCUGAUGUUUGACAUUGUCCCAACUUACUCUGGAAACGAGAAGAACAAGAUUGGACGCGGUGUGGCCCUUUUGUCUUCCAUCAGGCCUACGCUUGGCACGAAACGUAUGAACCUUCAGGGUGAUGUCUGUGUGCCGAUUCUGGCCAGCAACUUGGAUGUCAUCGGCACGGUCAACUUCAACUUCUUGGUUGUCACGCCUUUCUCGCACCCCAACAUGGAAAUCAACUCACAGCAAACCUACUGGAAGAAGCUAGCUACAACGAUGGUCAUUGGUCACCGCGGCAUGGGUAAGAACAUGACGAGCAACAAGUCCCUCCAACUCGGAGAGAAUACGGUACCUUCAUUCAUCGCAGCAGCCAACCUGGGCGCGCAGUACGUCGAAUUCGACGUCCAGUUGACCAAGGAUCAUGUCCCGGUUAUCUACCACGACUUUCUUGUCAGUGAGACGGGUAUCGAUGCACCGGUCCACACCUUGACCCUGGAGCAAUUCUUGCACAUCAACCCCGAUUCGAACCGCACCAAUGGUGUCAACUAUGGUGUUAACAAUGGUGUAAACGCAGUCAAUGAGAGAAUUGAGCGAGUGAGAAACAACGCACCUGGCCCUAGACAGCGAUCUUUGUCCAUGGGCUACGCCGGUGAUGGCCUCAAUGGACACAGUGAAGAACGCAUGAAGCACACUCGGGACUUCAAGGAAAAGGGGUACAAAGCCAACUCCAGAGGUAACUUCAUUCAAGCUCCAUUCGCCACCUUGGAGGACUUGUUCCGACAGCUCCCUGAGCAUAUCGGCUUCAACAUUGAGAUGAAGUACCCCAUGCUCCACGAGAGUGAAGAGCAGGAGAUGGACACCUACGCCGUCGAGCUUAACUCCUUCUGCGACACUGUCCUUUCCAAGGUCUAUGACCUUGCUGGCAACAGACACAUCAUCUUCAGCUCCUUCAACCCCGAUAUCUGUCUCUGCUUGACCUUCAAGCAGCCUUCCAUCCCCAUCAUGUUCUUGACGGAUGCGGGCACCUGCCCUGUCGGUGAUAUCAGAGCAUCCUCGCUGCAGGAGGCGAUUCGUUUCGCCAGUCGCUGGAACUUGAUCGGUAUUGUCAGCGCCGCCGAGCCGCUGAUUAACAGUCCCCGGCUGGUGCGCGUCGUCAAGGAAAGCGGUCUGCUGUGUGUCAGUUACGGUACAUUGAACAACAAUCCCAUCAUGGUCCAGCGCCAAGUAAAGGAAGGCAUCGACGCAGUGAUUGUGGACAACGUCCUCGCCAUUAGAAAGGGCCUGACGACGACCGAGGCUGAAGUUCUGAAGGGUGCUGGCGAAGACCUAGAGGAGGGAUCCGAGGGUGACUCGGCUUAG